AUGUGGAAGCUUCGGAUGUCGACUGUCUCUACUACAGUAUUGAAUCGCCCGACGACACUGGCACUUUCAAAAAAGGUAGUGUACGUCACGAUCUGUGACGCGAGCAUCAUCCGCCGGGAUGAGCAUAGCACAGAGUCGUCCUUGAUAUUGAUGAAGAAUCUUAAGAAACUCGCGGGCUGGACUGAUCCGGACUGGCACACCAUGGACGUCGUCAGUACUGAGGACGACGGCCGGGAUAUUACCUGGUGCACGGAAAUGGUCCGUACCUUACUUACCACUUGUGCUCUCAACGAGUCUCUGCUCGCGCGCAAGUACCCCGUUAUAAUAUGCUGGACAUGGAGUUUCUUGGUUGGCCAAAAGCAUCGGACUGCACGCGCGCGCAUUGCUGAAGAAGAUGUGUACAUGAAGAUCGCAACGUUUCCCUAUCAACUCAAUUACCUGCGGCAAGAAGUGAAAGAUGUUCGAUGUAUCAAUAUUUGCAGGGUAAAAACCUGCCAUUUGCUCCGGAGCUUCUCGGAUAACUUCUACGAAGAAUCACUGGAUUUGUCAGGCCAUCAGAGGCAGACAUGUGCGCACAAGUUGCAGACCACAGUAGAUGUAUGGAUGCCCUGGGAGAAUUCCAUGCGAAAGGGCAUUCACCACGGGAUUCUCAACAAGUUCAAUAUUUUAAUUACGCCCGGAAACAAACGAAAUGGUAUUCAUAGACUUCGAGAACCCGACGUUGACGACGACGACGACGACGACAAGUGGAUAGCCCGAUUCAGAGAUAAUUCCCAUCGCUGGUCCUCCCCCUCAAAAGAAGCUGCUCCAACAGGUCAAAGAGUUGGUCGAGACUGGCCUGGUGUAUCAGCGUUUGUUCUGUGCGAAAAUACCUGA